AUGGCGGGCGUGAUGAACAGAUUGAGGAAUUUGGAUGCUUAUCCUAAAAUCAACGAUGAUUUUUACAGCCGUACACUUUCCGGCGGAUUGAUCACACUAGUCUCCUCCAUCGUCAUGCUGAUUCUGUUCUUCUCCGAGCUUCGACUUUAUCUUCACCCUGUUACUGAGACUCAGCUUCGUGUUGAUACAUCGAGAGGAGAGAAGCUACGCAUCAAUUUCGAUGUUACUUUCCCUGCUCUUGCUUGUUCGAUUAUUAGCCUUGAUUCCAUGGAUAUCAGCGGAGAGCGACACCUUGAUGUGAGGCAUGAUAUAGUUAAAAGAAGGUUAGACUCUUAUGGCAAUGUUAUAGAGACGAGACAAGAUGGAAUCGGUCAUACCAAGAUUGAUAAUCCUUUACAAAGACAUGGUGGCAGGCUAGAGCAUAAUGAAACAUACUGUGGUUCCUGCUAUGGAGCCGAAGCGUCAGAUGAAGAGUGUUGUAAUUCAUGUGAGGAAGUUCGUGAAGCUUAUCGAAAGAAAGGUUGGGCCAUGUCAGACCCUGAGAUCAUUGACCAGUGUAAAAGAGAAGGUUUUGUGCAAAGGGUUAAGGACGAGGAAGGUGAAGGAUGUAAUAUUUUUGGUUACUUGGAAGUUAAUAAAGUGGCUGGGAGUUUUCACUUCGUUCCUGGGAAAACCUUCCGUCAAUCAGGCUUUCAUCUACAAGAUCUCUUAGUGUUCCAAGGAGACAAUUACAAUAUAAGCCACAAGGUUAACAGGCUGGCCUUUGGGGACUAUUUCCCUAGUGUGGUGAAUCCCUUAGAUGGUGUGCAGUGGUCUCAAGAGACAUUGAAUGGCAUGUAUCAGUACUUUAUCAAGGUUGUACCUACAGAAUACACAGACGUUAAAGCACAUAUUAUUCAGUCAAAUCAGUUCUCUGUGACUGAACAUUUCGAGAAAACGGAAGCAGGACAGGCGCAGUCACUGCCUGGUGUUUUCUUUUUCUAUGAUCUCUCUCCUAUUAAGGUGAUUUUUACGGAGCAGCAUGUGGAGUUCUUGCACUUCCUCACCAAUGUUUGCGCUAUAGUUGGAGGCAUUUUCACUGUAUCCGGAAUCAUUGAUUCAUUUGUAUAUCACGGACAACGUGCGAUAAAGAAAAAGAUGGAGAUCGGUAAAUUCGGCUGA